CUUGAUUACUUUCCUCUUCCUCUGUCCGAACUCCCCGAUGCUCCCCGGCUUGUGUGCUGCAUUUCCUCAUACGGUAAUCGCCGCGCACGCCGAAUCAUGGACUUCACCGACGCCAGAUUUUCAAAGAAGCGCGAGAGUCGGACACGCGCGCCGACAGCCUGUCAGACAUGCCGUCUGCGCAAAACCCGGUGCGACAAUACUAGGCCCACCUGUAGCUACUGUGCUCUGCAGGGGGUAGAGUGCAUCUACCCUGAGACGUCGCCGCGCCCUAGCCAAUCUGGAUUCGACUCAACCAACCAGGAAAUCCUGCAACGACUCGGCCAUAUUGCCUCGUUGCUAGAGGAUAUCAAGCAUGAUGGUUCAUCGACCAUCUCGUCGAAUCGCUCACUCAGAAGCUCUUUCUUCGAGUUGGCUAUGCAAAAUCCCAGUCCACUGACUGAUAUGGGAUUCCUGGGAAGUAAUAAUCCACGUGGGAGUAGUACGACCGGUGGUGAUGAUCGUGCUUGCGAGCAUGAUCCCUUUUUAAUAUAUGCUGCUAGUUCUCCAGAGCUUAUGCUACGCUGGCCAAUCUAUAACACGGUGAUCACAGAGGCUGAAAAACACAUUCAGUCAUUCUUACUCGAUUCUUUAGAUGCCCAGCCACGGUCAGGUCAACCACCCAGACAAGCAGGUAGUGGCCUGCUUGUGGAUGAUAUUCAGCCUCUAUUCCGAAACUAUGUCCGGUUGGUACAUCGAAGGAACCCUGUAGUCGAUAUAGAAAAGCUCGAGCGCUACGCACGCGAGGUGACUGUACAGGGACUAGGGUGGGACGGUCCAUCGUGUCAAGUGCUUCUUGCGUGCGCUUUGGCCUGCUGCACGUCACCAUUCGUGCCUCUUGGCGAGAUCCCCGAAGACCUAGAUCGAAUUCCAACACCACCUCCCUCCGAUGCAAAUAUUGAACUUGCGGAGGCUUACUUCCAUGCUGCCAAGCAACGGUUUGGAUCGCUACAUACCUCUCCGACAGACAUACAAUGCUUUCUUCUUGCGGGUUUUUACCACAGACAUGUGAUGCGCCCUUUGCAAGCAUGGUUCUGUUUCCAACAAGCUUCAUGCAGACUAGAAGUCCGACUGCGAUCAUUGUGUAGGGAGCAGUGGAUGGCUGAUGUCAACUAUCAUAAUUUGGAGUCUCGGCUGUACUGGUCUUGUAUCCAGGCGGAACAUGAAAUGCAAGGUGAACUGCCUUUGUGGAGCAGUAGCCUUGAAAGCUUGGGGUAUUCAGAUCCAUUCCCAAUGUUCCCGAAGACGAAUUCCUCCUCGCCAGAACAGAUGGGAAGUGACAACGAACCCAGCAUGCAGAUGCAGAAUGACAUCAGUGGUACUGACGAAGAGAAGGGCUGGAGAUUCUAUAUUGGAUCUAUCUGUAAUCGCCGGACAGUUAAUGACAUGUUGAUUGACAUGUGGCGCAAUGGAGAAGACGGCUGGGUAAACAACGUGAACGGUACUGUUGACCGAAUGUUUGAAGCUGUGAGAGUCGUGACAACAUGGUACCAAAUAUCCCUGAGCAGCCUCCCCUCUCCCUCUCCAGUGAACCAGGAUCUCGAAUUCUUUCUACAAGGUCGCUAUUGCAUCGCACUGGAGAGAAUAUACCGCCCGAUAUUCUAUCUAGCUGUCCACUACAAAGCUCUCCCCAGCUGGGUUCAUUCAACUCCCCAGCUUUCCGAGUCGGUCUUCACGAACGCUCAAAAGGCAAUCGACAAUUGUGCCGAGCUAAUCCCAAACUUCUGGUACCAUUUUCGCCAUGAAUGGAUCUGGAAUAUCAUGCGUUGUACUUUCUCUGCUGCAAUCCAGAUCCUUGCAGCUGUGCUGAGCAAUGUUUCCGUUUCACGGAAUCCGAAUCCAGGAGGCUGGGUAUUACGUCCGCCUGCAAACUGGACCGCGCUUAUUCGGCUUAGCAUUCGCAUUCUUAGGCAUUGGGAAUCCGAGUCUGUUGAUUUGGAGCUUAUGCGCGGAACUUUGGAAAGGAUGUUUCAGGGAACUUGUCGACUAGCUGGGGCUAGGCAAGAUUUAUUUAUGAGCUCAGAGAUGACGUAG